AUGGAGACAGAGACGACCUGCAACAAUCUACCAAACUUUGUAUCUUCAUUCGUCGACACUUUUGUUGACUUCUGCGUCGGCGGUAUAUUCUUGCCGGAACCUCCGUCUCCUCCGGUUUUCCAAACUUCAUUCCCUUCCCCUGAACGCCUAAUAGCAAUCGGUGACCUACAUGGCGACCUUCUCAAAUCCAAGCAAGCCCUCCGUCUCGCCGGUCUCAUCGACUCCAACGACCGCUGGUCUGGUGGGUCAUCUACCCUUGUCCAGGUCGGCGACGUCCUUGACCGCGGCGGUCAGGAGCUGAAAAUCCUCUACUUCCUGGAGAAACUUAAACGGCAGGCUGUUAAAUCGGGCGGCAAUGUGAUCACCAUGAACGGGAACCAUGAAAUCAUGAACGUGGAUGGCGAUUUCAGGUACGUGACCUUGUCUGGACUAGAAGAAUUUACGAAUUGGGCUGAUUGGUUUUGUAUCGGUAACAACAUGAAGAGUUUGUGUGAUGGAUUAGAAAAACCUAGAGAUUUGUACGAAGGGAUUCCAUUAAGCUUUCCUCGUGUGAAACAGGAGUACGUCAAGGGUUUUAGAUCUCGGAUCGCUGCAUUGAGGCCUCAAGGUCCAGUGGCAACCAGGUUUCUAUCAAAGAAUUUGACUGUAGUGGUGGUGGGCGAAUCUGUGUUCGUUCAUGGGGGAAUUUUGCCUGACCAUGUUGUUUACGGGUUGGACAGAAUCAACGAAGAGGUUAGGGAUUGGAUUAGUGGAUUGAAAGAGAAGGUAGCUUCCAGUCUGGUGAGGGGUGCUCGGAGGAUGAUCAUGGGGCAUACUAUUCAAGAAGCUGGUAUCAAUGGAGCCUGCGAUAACAGAGCAAUAAGGAUUGACGUCGGUAUGUCUCGAGGCUGCAUCAAUGGGUUGCCGGAGGUGCUAGAGAUUAACGAGAAUUCAGGGGUGAGAAUGAGAAUUUUAACAGCAAAUCCAAAUCCGAAUCCAAUGUAUCACAAUAAUAAUCAUGAUUCUGGGGGCAAGGAAAGUAUUGGUUUUUUUAUCCCUCAGCAAGUGGAAGUGGAAGUUGAGGCUUAA